AAGCAACAUCAACAAAAAACGUAUGCCACGACUUUAAUAGAAAUUUUAAGUUAUUUAAACGUAACCGAAAAUGAUCGAGUGGAUUAAGUGCGUAGACCUAAUCAGAGUUUGUUAGCUAGGCGUACGACAGACAGACACACAUACACAAUAUUUGCUCUCUUUUGGUACUUAGAAAGCAUCGGCACUGCACUGACGUGGACCUGAAAGAUUAGAAACAGCAGAGUACCAGCAUGUCUACAGCACGGCGGAGGCCGCAGGGCGGCAGUGCGGGCGAUGACCAGAGCGUUCUCAUCACAGAAUAUCAACCGAAGGAGCCGCUGGCGGAGAAGGAUGAGGAAAAGCCAGACAUACGCGGCGACAGACGGAAUAUAGCUAUACUGCUGUUCCUGUACAUACUGCAGGGCAUACCCAUUGGCCUGAUUGCCGCCAUUCCCAUGCUGCUGCAGAACCGCGGCGCCAGCUACAAGCAGCAGGCGGAGUUCUCCUUUGCCUAUUGGCCGUUCAGCCUGAAGCUGCUGUGGGCGCCCAUCGUGGACUCGGUGUAUGUGCGCAGGUUUGGGCGCCGCAAGUCGUGGCUGGUGCCGGUGCAGUAUCUGCUGGGCGGCUUCAUGAUGUUCCUCUCCUACUACGUGGAUCGCUGGCUGGGCGGCGACGGUGUGGAGCCGAAUGUGGUGCUGCUGGCGCUGCUCUUCUUCCUGCUGAACUUCCUGGCGGCCACGCAGGACAUCGCCGUGGACGGCUGGGCCCUGACCAUGCUGAAGCGCUGCAAUGUGGGCUACGCCUCGACGUGCAACAGUGUCGGCCAGACGGCCGGCUACUUCCUCGGCUAUGUGGUGUUCAUUGCCCUCGAAUCGAAGGACUUUUGCAACAAGUACUUGCGGGAUGUGCCCCUCAACGAGGGCAUGAUCACGCUGCCAAAUUUCCUCUGGUUCUGGGGCAUUGUCUUUGUCGUGGCCACCACGCUGGUGGCAAUCUUCAAGAAGGAAAACGACAUUGAGGAUGCCCACACGGAGGCACGCUACACCGAGGAGCACGAGCUGAACAUUCGUCAGAGCUACAAGAUCCUCCUGGACAUGGUGAAGAUGCGCCCCGUGCAGAUCCUGGCUGCCAUUCUGCUCACCGUUAAGGUAACCUUCUCCGCCUCGGAUGCUGUGACCAGCCUGAAGCUCAUCGAUGCCGGUGUGCCCAAGGAUCAGCUGGCACUGCUCGCUAUACCGCUCAUCCCACUGCAGCUGGUUCUCCCUCUGGUCAUGGGUCGCUACACCAACGGCCCACGUCCCAUGGAUGUGUAUCUGAAGGCCAUUCCCUAUCGAAUCCUGCUGGCCGCUGUGGCCACAAUGUUUGCCUAUGCCACGCCAUUUAUGGUGCAGCAGGGACAUGUGCCCGUGUACUACUAUGCCCUGCUCAUCGUGCUGUAUGCGUGCUAUCAGGUGUUCCUGUACUCCAUGUUUGUGGCGGCCAUGGCAUUCUUUGCAAAGAUCUCGGACCCCGCUGUCGGGGGCACAUACAUGACAUUCCUCAAUACGCUGUGCAAUCUGGGCGGCAAUUGGCCCAACACAGUGGUGCUCUGGCUGGUGGAUGUGUUAACGUACAAACAGUGCAGCAGCAUCGCGGAUAACGCCUGCCUCAACAAGGAAGAGCAACAGAGCUGCGAAUCGUCACAGGGCAAAUGUGACAUUACCUUCGAUGGCUACUAUUUGGAGUCGUUCUUCUGCGUGGUUUAUGGCAUCAUCUGGCUGCUGGUGGUGCACAAAUGGAUUGUCUACUUGCAGGAUUUGCCUGUGCGGUCAUGGCUGGUGGUCAAGCACAAGUCGCGGUAGCAAUUAAUCGUGUGAAACGCAGCCAACAGCUAUUAUUUAUAGAACUUGUGGCAAGAGUUUGUUUGCAGCCGCCUCAUCGUGUUUAGGCUAGUGCAAUUGAAAAUUUCCCGCCUCGGUAUUGUUUUUUUUUGUCGUAAAACUCAAUAGAUUCCAUUGGAAAUAAAAUUAGUUUCGAGUACAAAGCAAA